AUGGUCCUCUGCGCGCACCUCUCCGCGCACUGGCGCCUUCAACCGCUCAUCGGCGACGCCGGACUCGGCCUCGGCGGCGUCCACGGCCGCGUGCGCUCGUUCAAGCUCCUCGCCCCGGACGAGCACACGUAUCGAUUCCGACUCGACGACGAGGAGGGCCACCUCGAGACGCUCCGAACGGCGUACGCGUUGCGACCGCCCAAGUGCAAAGACGUCGCGACGAGCUACUCGAACGUCGUCGCGAUCGUCACGCGGCUCGCGAGCGCCGUCUCCGCCGCGCGUCUGUGCGGCACGGUGUUGCGGCACCGCGCGUGGUGCGCGUCCGCGGUGCGAGCGAUUUGCCGCGAGUGCGAACGGAUGGAGGAUGCGAUUCGCGACGGCGAGAAACCCGUGCACGCGAAACGGACGUCGCUCGCGAUGUCGGAGAUGAUUCGCGCGGUGCGAGAGAAGGCGGCCGAGGCGACCGUCGUCCUAGAGGAGGACCCGGGCGGGGAGCACGAGGCCUCCGGGCCGGUCGGCGGCGGCGCGAGGGGCGACGGCGUCGGGUUCAAGACGGAUCCGUACGCCGCGGCGAUGGCCAACGCGAAGGCGCGCGCCGCCGGGUGGGACGGCGAACCCGACCCGUCGACCGGGUGCGACGUCCCGCCGGGCACUACGCUCGUGGGCGACGUCGCGAUCGUGCGCCUCGCGGUCGUCCUCGACGAGGCGAUGUACGCGAUGGCGUACCACUCCAGCGUCGCGCCGUGGAUCGACGCGGGGGGCGACGCGGGGCCGACGACGCCCGAGGCGCGUUCUAUACACUGGUCCCCAUACGACCGCGUUCGCGAGAUGCCGGCGUACUUGACGGCGGUGACGGCGUGCGGCGACGCGGAGGCGGAGGCGGAGGGCGAGGCGUACCUGAAGGUCGUCUCCAAGAAGACGCGCGAAGCGAGCGCGAGCGCGAACCCGCUGUUGACGCUGCUGGAGUCCCGGAACGUCGAGGGCGCGCGCGUGUUGACGGGGAGGGGGCUCCCGAGCGAAGCGGACGCGAGGGCGGCGGCGAGGGGGGUGUUACAGAAACAGAAACAGAAACAGAAACAGAAACAGAAACAGGACGCGUCGCUCCCGCCGCCGCCGCCGUGCCCCGAGCUCGUGCAGAGAUGGCGCGACGCCGCGCGGGUUUGGCCGUGCCAUCUGUACGCGUACGCCGCGCCGACGACGGACGCGAUCGAGGCGUUGAAGGCGGCGAGCGGGAAGUGGAUCGAGAUCGGCGCGGGACUCGGCUACUGGGCGGCGGCGAUGAAAAAGAUUGGCGGGAUGGACGUCGCCGCCUUCGACCUUCGACCGACGCGCGCGAACAGCGCGAAGACAGGGAACAACAGCGCGAAGACGGAACGUCAACCGUCGCCGUCGAACGAGUACCACGGCGACGCGACGCCGUUCUACGACGUCGUCGCCGGCGACGCGUCUUCCGCGGCGUGCAAAGACGCGAAGCACCGCGGCUUGUUCCUGUGCUACCCGCCCCCCGGCGAUCGCGUCGCGUCGGACGCGUUUCGCGCGCACGCCGCCGCCGGCGGCGGGCUCGUCGCCGUCGUGGGCGAAUGGGACGGGAACACCGGGAGCGCGACGUUCGCGACGGAGCUCAGCGCCGCGUGCGCGCUCGUGAGGCGCGUGCCGUUGCCGCAGUGGGGGGACACCGCGCACGAGCUGACGAUUUGGAGGACAAAGUCGGACGUCGGAAGCGGCGGCGGGGACGGCGGAGACGCGAGGUAUCCGCCGACGGACGCGUGCGCGGGCUGCGGCGGCGAACGGAUGCGCCUCCGACGGUGCGUGCACUGCCGCGUCGCGAUCUACUGCUCGAGCGCGUGCGCGAAGAAAUGCGCCGAGGCGCACGCGUUGGAGCACGCGGCGCGUCACGUCCCGGGAACCGCGAGCGACGACGUGGACGCGGCGUCGGACUACGCCGCGUACGACCCGUUUCGUCGACGGGUGACGUCGUUCGAGCGAUGA